AAACUCUGCCAGAUUGUUAGAAACAAAAAACUAGAAAGUCAAGACGGUGCAGCCUUUGAUGGAUGGGAAGAAACGUGCUGAGGGAUCAUACAUUGUGUGGCGGACUGCAGUUAUUAGCAACCAUUUCAUUUUCCGCUACUGCCACGGUGAACUAAAUUAACAGGCAAAACAACGUUAUUUCUAGCCUUUAAGAAAAAAAGCAGCUUGUUUAUUCGGAAGGAAAAAUACCCGCGAAGAACGGAUUUCCCUAGAGUGAGCUCUGCGCACUUUGUCUCCACGGUAACAGCGAGAUGACUGAUGUGGUGGUGAAGCUGGAGAGGAGGGAGGGAGAAGAUGGAGGCGGGGCCAUAGGGGCGGGGCUCCAGACAGCCUCGCCAUGCGAUUGGUUCAUACAGCCGCCCAGUGAGCAGUUGGAGACUCCUUCGGGGACGAUGCUAGGCACAUGCACACCAUCGGACGAUUCUGCAAGCCAGGAGUUCCACAGGAGCCUGCAGUCCAACAUCAAUGAGAAAGCGGCAGACAGUCUGGUGGAGAAGGAGCUGCAGGUGGUGCUGAUGAUCCACCAGCUCUCUGGCCUGCGGGAGGCGCUGUUGGGCGCUCACUCCGAGCACAAGAACAUGGCCGCCCUCCUCAUGGUGAAGCAGCAGCAGCAGAUGGAGCUGGCGCAGCAGCAACAGGAACAGAUCACUAGGCAACAGCAACAGCUGAUCCAACAGCAACAGAAAAUCAACCUCUUGCAACACCACAUCCAGCAGGUGAACAUGCCCUACGUGAUGAUUCCAGCCUUCCACCACAACACACAACCCCCAUCUGCCACCUCAGAAUCUCAGAGAGGUCUACCUCUCCAGCCAAUCACCUGCCAGCAACGUGAGCAUGUGGAAUAUCCCAGGGUCCUCUCCACAGCUCAGGUCACCCCCGUGAAGUCAGUCCACUCACAGGGGGGAGGCCAGCCACUGAACCUUACCUCCAAGCUCUCAGGGCAGGAACAAAGGAAAAUGCGUCACCCCCAAACCCUGGAAAGCCAACCACAGCCUGGACUGCACCUGGGUGUCCAGUCAGAGGGCGGUACAGUGUCCCAGCACUUUCAUGAUGGCCAGAGGCUACUGAGGACCCACAGGGUGGGGGCGCGAGACAGGGACCCCCCAGCACCAGUGCAGGUGUCUGUGCGAGAGGAACUGAUCCACAGAAAGAGGAAAACAGAGGCAGCCAGUGAAGAUCAUCAGAGCAGUGACUCAGAAGGUACAGCCUGGUUUGAGCCACGGCCUGCUCAACACUCCCUAACAACCCUGUGUUCUACAGACACAGGGGCAGCGAUGAGUGCGAGUCAGGGGCCGCUCUCUGAAAGCCCCGCCCCCUCCUCUGAGCACAUCAAGAGGCCGAUGAACGCGUUCAUGGUGUGGGCGAAAGUGGAGCGUCGCCGAAUCCUGCAGACUUUCCCCAACAUGCACAACUCCAGCAUCAGCAAAAUCCUGGGCAGUCAUUGGAAGUCCAUGUCUAACCAGCAGAAGCAGCCGUACUAUGAGGAACAGGCCAGGCUGAGCCGCCAGCAUCAGGAGCGUUACCCUGACUACAAGUACAAGCCCCGCCCCAAGCGCACCUGCGCACAGGAGGGGCGUCGGCCUCGUGCGAGCGAGUACCAGGCCUCCGUAACGAGCCUUCACCAGGAGCAGCACCGCGCUCCGUCCCCCAGCCAAUCAGAUCACUACUCCUCCACCUCCAGUGACAACCGACACCCGUCCAAGGGGUCGUUCCCUUGGCAACAUGCCCUCACUGACCACUUCCUGACCCAUGGACCAGAGCCCUUAAAUUCUGGACUGGUCCGCAGGCACGCUGAAGAUGCCAACAGGCAACAGCACAGCAAAGAGGAGAAGGACAAAGGCAACAGUGAAGCAGAGUCCAUGGGCCAUACUGACUGAGCUAGGUCAAAGGUGAAGGGUCAGAGAGGUCAAAGGGUCAGAGCAAGACUGUUGUUCCUGGUCUCUGCAGCAUUGGAUGAACACUGGAGUCCUGUGUGCCGUUUGUGUUUUUUAAAUUAGUUUUGUUUUAACUUUUUAUAGGGUGUUGGAUUGUGCUAUAUAAGUAUCUGUAAAGCAAGACUUCUGUCGGUGGAAACUUAACGCAUGCUUUCUGUGGGAUGGUGUGAAUUUUUUUUUUUUUGUACUGUGUCCAACAUGAUAAAAUGUUUUUUGUUUAAUUUUUUUUUUGUUUGUUUUUGUUUUUUGCAGUGUGGCCUCAGUAAACAAGUUACAUUUGGAUUUGUUAGUAGGUGGAGCGGAGCUCGGAUUUGAGAAGUUUCAGUGUUUAAAACUUAUAAUGCCUCCGGUUCACUGAGAGUGUGAUGUUGAGUCCCCUGCACAGUGCAGCUGGUAAGUCAUUUGAAAGGCUGCACACAUUGUUAAAAAUAGUGCCUCGGUAGUGUUUUCAGGUGUCAUUCCAACUCUCUGCAUACAGUCCUGGACAAUAAGGAACAAUUAUCCUUCCUGUUUGUAGACUGUUUAUUUACCUUAAAGCACGUUAUGCCAGAAAUAGCUUUGCAAUGGCACGAAGAAUAAAAUUAAUGUUCAUAUUG